ACCUAGAGACCUAGAGGGACAAAGCUCUCUCAAGCAUGACUGAUCGAUGGUCAGCCUCGGCCCAUGCUUUGAAUUCUGAGGUGAUCACAGCCAUCAUGGAGUUUGCCAAGAUCCAUGCAGUGACCAAGCUUUGUGCCACUGGGAGAGCGGGAAAGGAAGCAGUGCAAUGUCUCCUAAGCCCAAUUCGAGUUGCCACCAUCCAGUCCUUCAAAAGAGCUAUUUGGGUGGCUCCAUUGCCAGUCUUGGAGCGCUUGGCGGAGGCACUCGUGGCUCCGCCACUUGCUGCAGCGGCGCGGCGAGCGCUGCUAGAUGUGCUUGUAGAGGUUGCACACAAGCAGAACCUUUGCCGUGUACGUGUCCGUGCCCUAUGCUUCACGCGUCCAGCUACCACCAAAGUUGAGCGACGUGUAGUAGUUCGCUUUGACUUUGGCUGCCCUCGCAGGCACGGGGUCCUGCAGCCCAUGUGUGGUGUGCCAGCCGCAUAUCGCAUUCGAAGCAGCACAGACGAUUUGAUGUUGUCAUGCAGCCAUUGUGCGCGCGACCAGAUUGAGGAGGAUCAGAUGAUGUUGCAUUGCCCAAGAUUCGGGUGCUGCUACGACCUUUGCAUUAGAUGCGCAGAGGACUAUGACUCAGCCGGUCUUGUGAAAUGCAUGGGUCUUCUAUUCUUUCUGACCAUAGUGGCUUUGAUGGGAGUGCUGUCUACUGGCAAAGCAGUCUCAUUUAGUAGUGAUAAAGUGUUGCUUCAGACAUUUUAAGGUCCUAGUAGCUUCUUGUUUC